AUGAAGCCCGUUACAGUCACCCUGCAGCUCAUCAGCAACAUCACCAAGCCCAAGGUAGCCAACGAUGUCAUGAGCGAUUGCAAGCUCUACCUUGUCGCUGACAAGCGCGAGAACAUCCGCCCGCGCGAAGACCGUGGCUUUGCCCCUGGUCGCCAGUGGAUUGCGCUUAGGGACGAUGAGGAGUACUGUUUCUGCGUGAGGACGAACUCACCGAAAGCAAUAUGCAGGAAUGACUGGAUUGAGGUCGAGUUGGAGAUCUAUGACAAGUUGACAUCGUAUGGACUUGGCACCAGGAACCCAUACUACCGUGCCAUUAUCAACUGUGCACUAAAUGGCGGGGAUGACAAAAACAAGGUUGAGUUGAGCAAACUGGCUUGA